AUGGACAUUGACUGUAGAUGUAGCAUCCCUGGUCAUAGUCAAGUUCUUAUUAUAAGAAAUGAACUUUUUGUUGGUGAAGUGAAUGUAGAUUUUGUAGAAAUCUGUGUGUUGGGAAGAGAAGUCAGUCAUUCACAAAUAAGGCAGGAAGAGAAGAAAACAAUGGGAAGAGGUGAAGAUAGGAUCAGCAACUUGCCUGAAUCUGUUCUUCAGAGCAUCCUCACAAUGAUGCCUCUGAAAUCAGCAAUCAGAACCGACGUUCUCUCCAAAAAAUGGCGAAAUCUAUGGAAAUACUCUCUCUCUACAGCCACUGCACUGGACUUCGGUGAGGACUUUGUGAAUAAUCUAUCUGCAAUUGAGUUUGUGGAAACAGUUAACAGAUAUCUAUCACUUCAUGCAUGUAAGAAGCUGGAAAGGUUCCAUCUUUUCUUCUCUCCAUUUGAUUUCUUUGCUUCUGAUAUAGAGAGGUGGAUAAGUUAUGCAAUCGGUAAAGGUGUUAGAUAUCUUGAUAUAGACUUAUCCCAAGGUGAAUUCAGCCAUGGCAGAAGCUCGUUUGAGCUUCCUUCUUCUCUAUUUGAUUGUGAUACAUUGAUUGAUUUGAGCUUACGUUGCUGCAAUUUCAAAACUCCUUUGAAUUUUAGCAAUUUUGGUGGCUUGCAAUCUCUCUCACUCAGUCAUUCCAAUAUCAGUGAAGAAAUGCUUCAGAGCAUUCUCACUGAAUGCUCUCUUCUUGAGAGCUUGAGUCUUAGGAGCUGUCAGCAACUUGGUGUUAUUAGCAUUAUUGUUCCAAAUCUCAAUCUCAAGAGGUUGAUCAUUAGGGAUUGCCAAUCAGUCGAUUUGUUGGAGAUCAAUUCUCCAAAGCUUCAAUCUUUUCACUACUUUGGAAGAUUAUGUAUUCAAACAAAGUUUUUGAACAUCUCAUCACUGAAAGAUGCGUCAAUCUGUUCCAAUAUUAGAUACUGGAGGAACAUGAGCUUAUUAUCAGACAUUUUAUAUGUUCUGAAUAGGAGGAACGUUAGCAUAUUAUCAGAUCUGUCACACCUUCAAAUACUCACCUUAUGCUCUGGAGCUCUAAUGCAUCUGAAUGAAUUUGAAGGAAACUUAGAUAUUGAACUUCCACUAAAAUAUCAAAAUCUCAGAGAAUUACAGCUUCUGAUGAGUUCAAUGACCAACGAGGAUCUCACCUGCUUCUACAAAUUCUUCUAUCUCUGCUCCUUCCCAUUCCUUGAAAAGCUUUGCAUCCAGCUACCGAAACACAUUGACUAUCCAAAUGAGGAGAAGCAUGGGGGGUGGAUGAGUUUGAAGUGUAACACUUACUUUGAUCGUCUGAAACUGAUCAAGAUUACAAAUUUAAAAGGAAGCAGUAAUGAAAUGAGUUUGGUGAGCUCUCUUUUACAGAAAGCCGUAGUUUUGGAAACUCUGGUGUUAGUCAUUCGGCCUGGUAAGAAGUCGAAUGGUGAAGGAAUACUGGACUGGAGGAUUCUGAAAGGAGAAGUUUUGCUUCUUCAGAAGUCUUCUCCUACCGCUCAGAUUAUUCUCCAUGAAUUUGGGGAAGAUGACGAUGGCUUGAAUUCAACACCAUUUGGAAAUUUAUAAUGUUUACGUGCUCGACAUAAUGCUCUAAACGCUCACUAAAUGUUCGACAAUGUGCCUCAUAGAGUUUGACACCAAACUUAUUGGUCUUUAACAAUAGUUAAGCUGAUUUUGUGCUUGAUACUACUACUUUUUACACUUUACUGAUAGACUUAUCUGUGCAAUGUAACGUUCUUUUCGAGUUACCUCAUAUAUAAAUUAUUGUU